UGACAGCCUCAAACACUUCAGAAAAGUUUGGUUAACUAAUAUGUUAAUUAGCUGUGGCGGAGUGAAAGCCGAUUGGCUCUCGGUCCGAGUCAAUUUCCCAUUUGCAGCCUGACGUCAGGGCAGCUACAAUGCUCUUAAACUCAUCUGCUGUGUGUGUGAUCCCUCUAAAAAUCGGCCCCGGCAGUCAGCGGCUUGAACAGGCUGCGCUCCCGUCGCUCUACCCGGCUCUUCGUCCCUCUCUCCGCUUUGCGCAAUGAGUCCGCGAGGAAACGCCGCAAAGUGUUAAAUGUUCGCAGUCCAACCGCGACCUGCACAUGCUGAGAACGGACGACUCCGCUACCGGUGCGCGCCGCACGGCCGUGUGUGUGCAAUAGACUCUGCAAAGACAAACUCCUGUGCGCUCUGACGCCUGCAGGUCCGCGGUUGCAAACGGGGACAUUGAGGAAGAGAGAGAAAGAGAGAGAGAGAGAGCGAGAGACACUGCGAGCGAGCGAGAGAGAGAGAGUCGAAGAGAGAGAAAGAGAGAGAGAGAGACAAAAAAAAAAUCAAAUUUUAUUUUCUCCACUCUUGAGACAAACGCUCAGAAAUCAAACUGGCUCACGUUUUCCCCAACCAGCCCAGUUUGACAGCUGCUCUUCACCCCGUUUGGAGGACUGUCAGCAGCAAGAGGAUGGCAUCAGAGCUGGCAAUGAACAACUCCGACCUGCCCACCAGUCCCCUGGCCAUGGAAUAUGUUAAUGACUUCGAUCUGAUGAAGUUUGAAGUGAAAAAGGAGCCGGUGGAGCCCGAACGCAACAUCAGCCAGUGCAGUCGCCUUAUCGCCGGGGGAUCCUUGUCUUCCACUCCGAUGAGCACGCCUUGCAGCUCGGUGCCCCCUUCCCCAAGCUUCUCUGCGCCCAGUCCGGGCUCGGGGAGCGAACAGAAGACACACAUAGAGGAUUUCUACUGGAUGUCCGGUUACCAACAGCAGUUGAAUCCAGAGGCGCUGGGCUUCAGCCCCGAAGACGCGGUUGAGGCGCUGAUCAACAGCAGUCACCAGCUCCAGUCCUUCGAUGGCUACGCCAGGAGCCAGCAGUUCGCUGGCGCAGCGGGAGCGGGAGGCGCCAUGGCCGGGGAAGAGAUGGGCUCCGCCGCGGCGGUCGUGUCGGCGGUCAUCGCUGCUGCAGCGGCUCAGAACGGAGCGCCGCACCACCACCAUCACCACCACCACCACAGCUCCAACGGCGGCCACCACCAGGCGCAGGGCGUCCAGAGCAACGGCACUUCUGGGACGAGUCACCCACACAUGCGCCUAGACGACCGGUUUUCAGACGAGCAGCUGGUGACCAUGUCGGUGCGGGAGCUCAACCGGCAGCUGCGCGGGGUCAGCAAAGAAGAAGUGAUCAGACUGAAACAGAAGAGGAGGACCCUAAAGAACAGAGGCUACGCGCAGUCCUGCCGCUUCAAGCGCGUCCAGCAGCGGCACGUCCUGGAGGGAGAGAAGACGCAACUCCUGCAGCAGGUCGAGCACCUAAAGCAGGAGAUCUCCAGGCUGGUCCGGGAGAGAGACGCGUACAAAGAAAAGUAUGAGAAGCUCAUCAGCAACGGCUUCAGAGAAAAUGGAUCGAGCAGUGACAACAACCCUUCAUCCCCGGAGUUUUUCAUGUCAUCGAGAAAAUUCCUCCAUCUGUGAUUUCCAGCCCUAUUCCUCUGUGCCCUUGGCUUCCUGAGAUAACCUAUCAGACGAACAGUGAUGACAUCAGAGCGGCUGACGAAUCACACAGAGGCACCUACAAAGCACAACAUUCAACAAAGACUUCAGCUAAGGACAAAAUACAACGCCUGCAAAAAUUCCUCAAGAUCUCAACAGUGAAACACCUGAAAGCCUCGUACUACAGUCCUGUUCCCCUCCUUGGUGUUUUACACCCAGCUUUUUUCUAUAGAAAACGUACAGAAAAGAAAAAAAAUAUAAAAAAAAUAACAAAACAAAAAACAAAACAAAAACUAAAGUAGACAGACUCACAGCAUCGACAACGGCAGACGAUGAGGAACUAUUUUCUGUAUGGUGAUAAGAUCAACAUUGCAUGCUCCUGUAAAUAGAACACAUUACGACACCUAUACUUAUUCCUAAUUAAGGAAGCAUAUCAAGUCACUUUCACCAACUUCAUAAACCUUUAUGCCUGUGAAUCGUGUGCUAUGGUUUUCCAUAUAAAGUCAGUCCAACGUGUAUGCAUCAUUUUCAUAUCAUUUCUUUACUCUUUGGAGUCAGUUAGACUGUAAAAAGUGUAGCACCUCUUAUCGUUACAAAAUGGCCUAGUCUUCCUCCUCUGUGUCCACUCGACUGUCGGACAUGUGAAUUGAAACGUAUGGAGACAACAGUGUGGAGCAGACCGUAGUGUACAUUUUCCACUCUCCUAUUUAAAAUUCCAACCAGUCGAUAUAUCAGACUUUUUAAGAAUUUAGAACACCUGAAGUUCUUUCUGGUAGUUAAGAAAUAGUCCGAAGAAUCAGAAUAUCUUCCUCUGCAUACGACUAGAAGCUUAAAGGUAAAAAGUUAUAGAUAAUGUGACAUUUGAAAAUCUUUAGAAAAAUGAAUUCACCACUCGGUACAACAGGUAAACCAACGGUUAAAAGUGGAAGUGUGAAAACAGGUUGCUCACCCAAGCCAUGUCUUCUAUUCGGUAUUUCUAGGCAUUAUUUUUAAGAUUUGAAAAUUUUAUUUAGGAAUAUCGUAUUUUAGCCUUUCUUACCAGCAACUCUUGACAUAUUCUUUCCCUUGCAAUAAAUACCUUCCUCCCUUCUCGGGGUUUGAGUUGGGACUCCUAUAGACGCAACCCCUGGGAGGAUACUCUUCGCUUCGCAUGGUUUGAAAUAGCGCUCAAAUCUUGAGCCUGCACAUGGACAUAGCUGAUUGCAGUGCAGGCGUACGGACUCCGAGUUGAUAUUUCUAUGGACUAUGGAGACAAGAAACGGACCCAGGGUCAGCGGACAGUUAAGCUCAAAGGUUGCCCUCUCACCCGAGAGGAAAGAAAGAAAGAAACAAACCUCUGCAUGGACAACAGGGAUAACACUAGCUUGUUGAACGCCUCGUCUCCAUCGUUGUCCUCUACCUCUCAGUGUAUAUUGUGCAUCAAGGAUUCUGGAACUUUUCAGUGACUGCUUUGCUGUUUGCACCGUGAAAGGGUCAAACAGACAUGAGGAAGUCGGUCAUCAGUAUCCGGUACUGAUGAACUUAUGUUACCGGGCAAGGAAAAAAAAAAAAAUCCAAGCGCAUGCAUACAGAUGAACUCGAAUGCACACAACUUCACUCCGACAUGUUGCUGUAUAUAUGUACAGUAUACACACAAUGUAUAGUUCCUGAUUCGGUACUUUGCAUGUUGACUUGUAGAUGGAACAUGAACAUUAUUUAUAGAACGAUUGUUCAGGUAGGCCUAGUCAGUGGGUUGACUUUCUCAAACAAUGCAAGCCAUGGUCAGCUUUACAGACUCACACUUUAUUUUCAGAAAGUGAUGGAUUGAAUGACUGAAGUUUUUUUGUUUUUUUUUUCUUAAUCCUCUUUAAAACAUCUUUGUCAGCCAAAUACUACAGAUGAGUUUUUACACUCCCUGAAGAGACACAUAACCAGCCUUCGAUGACACACUUAACACAGCCACAUUGAACAUGGGCAGAAAAGAAGAAAAUGGAAGGCAAACUGGGGCUCUCCAAUUAAUUGGCACUACACAAAGUGGUACGGGGCAUCCUGCCAGCAGCUGUGUAUUCAUCUUAUGUCAAAUGGAUUUGCAAAUUGCACUGAGUCAAUGUGCUGCCAGAAAAGUCUGAGAGCAGAAGAGGGAAAGUAGCAGGACUCAAAAAGUAUGAUCAACCAGAGAAAGAGAAGGAGAAUACGGAUUUCCAUCCAAAAUGUUUCACAAAAUGUAUGUACAUUUUUUUUCUAAUUGGUCCAUGUAUCCGCUAACCUUUUUUUGUGCAUUAAAUAACCUGUUUCUUAAGCACUUAAGAAACAGUUAGUCAUACAGAUCUUAGUGGCUCAAUCAUUACAGGUUCUUUUUUUUUUUCCACCGUCCUGGUUGGAAUAUUUGUCCAACAUGAGAUAAAUGGCCAUUUCAUGCUGCUGCUUGGAAAUCAUUUAAGUCUUGAAAUGUUCACCUCUGUAGACCCUGAUCUAACAAUAUAUAAACACACCCAAUCCCAUGAAUAUAUGUACUAAUGCAUUCUGUCAUGCCAUAAUACAUAUAUUCAUACGUGAGCACAAACACGUUGCUAAUCUAAACACUUAGACUGUGUGUAAACAGAUUGUCCACAUAAUGGGAUUGUUCACUGUGUAAACAAUAAGCUGUUAGUGUAAUCACAGGUCAAAGAUAUACUACCAGGAGGGCCACACUAUAGAUAUAUUAACAUGAUGGAUAUGUGGACGGAGGGAGGGGGCGGGGGCUGGUAUGCUACGGUGCUCUCCUAAUUUAGAUUCACCCCCUGCUGGGCCCUGUCCCCUGGACUCUACCUCCUCAGCCUCCCUUAAAUCGGUCUCAUUUAUUUGUGCUCCCUAAUAGGUUCCCUUUUUUUGUGACUCAGUUUUCCCUGUGCUAACAGGAUCUGCUAAUGCGGACAUGAAGUUUCUGUAUUACAGAGUGAAGUCGUCAGAGCCAGGAAGACACGCGGAGAUUUAGCGUUGUCUAUAAUUUUAUAACCAAUUACAAUAAAAGGCCAGGCACAGUUACUUCUUCUGGACGACUGAAACAACUAGGCUCACAACUGUCAAUAGCGCCAUCAAUCAGGAUAACUCCUACGUAGGUUACUCCGUUGCGCACACAGCUUAUUAACUUAUCUCCGCUUUAUUUGAUUAGAACGUAGCCCAUUCGCUCAAACGCUUAAUAAGUCCAUGUCGCCCUGACUAAACACUACAUUAGUGUCAUCACUGGUUACCGUGUGUGUACUGCACAUGUCCGUGGACCAGUGAAGCAGAGACACUUUAGAGAGACAUGACAAAGCAAACACAGUUGCAGGACACCAGGGAAGAAAAACAACCUGAGAGACAGACAACAGGUAAAAGGUGGCCCAUCUGGUGACGGCAAUACAAGUGUAGCUUCUUUCCUAGUCUGACAAAAAAAAGUCAAAUAUACGGGUUGGUUCAUUUCGCUGUAUGAACCUGUUUAUGUGAUUGAAUACAUUAAAGCUGUCUAAACACACAGAUACAGUUAGUAAGUAGUAGUUUUUCUUUUGGAAAAAUAUAAAAUAUUCCACUGAUAAUUUACCACAAUAAGUCAUUUAAUCACCAAUUCCUAGUCAACAUACAAAUUAGUCAUGGCGGCCAUAUGUGGGAAAAUUCCUCCAACUAACCCAACAUGCCUCCCACUGUUUGUCCUUGCAAACCUAAGCCCACCCUGCGUCCUUGUAACCCGCGUUCAAACCCAGUGGGGCUCAUUCAUAUGUGGCAGCUGGGAAUUGGUACAGACUGUGCUUUUUACCAUCGAAUAAUGGUGGAUACACUACAGAUAAAGGACACUGUCACACACCAGCUCUGGAACACACAGCACCUACUAGUGUUUCUCCUUGUUUUCUCUCAGUCUCCAACAUAAACAAACUCCGUCCCGCUGUCUCGUGGGUGUCAAGAUUAUCUAUGACCUCAAAUAAGACGUGGUGGGAGCCCCGGGGCAGAGAGGGGGCAAAGGUGAAAGGAUUACAGUGAGGCACCCCGUCUGAACUGCUCUGCUCUAAUUCUGACCUCCAGAUCAACCUAAGAGCUAAGAUACACUGUAUACGUCAUGUGUACUUUGUAUUGAACACAGAAAAAAUCCAAAAAUCAUCAUUAUUUAUGUGGACUUUUCUGAUCAGAUCAGAAAACGACAGUUUCGUAGAUGUAAAAAAAAACAACAUUUGGAUUUUAAUUUGGUCACAGUCAGACCGCAGACUGACUGUGGGUGGGACCUCCUUAUGUCACCUAGCUAAUGACAUGGAUAAAUACUAGAUCCUUUAAAGCCUUUACUACUACUUCAUUCUGGCCUCCACAUAUGCUUGAGCCCUCUGAGAUAAAACUGGCCUCCGAGAAGAUUUGAAGGUGGACCAAGAGAAUCUGAUUAACACAGCCUGCAGACCGACCAUGUUCUACCGGUGAUGACUUGAAAUUCUAGUGUUGCAAUUAUAUAAAUAAACAGUGGGGGAGUUAGCGGCGGGGGUAAUAAAUUGUCAGAGGCUUGGACAGGUGACAUUUCAGCCUGUAGUAUUUAGCUGUGCAGUCUGGAUUCUGACAGCUUGAUUUUAUGCUGCUGCACCUGAGCCAGAGAAAAUACAGAAAAUUAACGACGGGGGGAAAGCGCUUAACUGGAUUCCAAUUUGUCUGUUCUGAAACAUUAUGAUGACACUAUUAUAAAGACUGGAGAUUUUGUGCCAGACUUAUUGUCAUUACAAAAAUACUCACUUCACAAAGACAUGAAAUGGUGUGAAUAUGUCUGAAGCUGGAACCCUGGCCUCAGGCUGACUGAUUGGCUCUAGGAUAAUGCCAGUGUUAAGGUGUUGCUCACUAGGUGGCAGUCUGUAGUCAACUGGACAUUUGGACAUGUGUUGCUGAAAUACAGCCCCAAGCCAUUACAGAGCUUUUGGUGAUGCUUUAAUGAAACAAUUCCUUUUUUAUACUUUCAUCUUUUUUAAACCAAAGUUACGAACAUGGACUCGUCGCUCCAUCAGAGUUUAGAUUGCAGCAAUAAAUUAACUUAAAGAUAAAAUUCUGUUGUCCAAUCAAGUGACAGAUUCCAGCGCACAGUUAAUGUCAUGAAAAUUAAAUGGAGAUAUUAUAUCUUUCUUUUAAAAUAUCGGGCCCAUACAAAGUUGUUGCAAAAUCUCAGCUCAUAUUGCAAUGAAAAAUAUUUGUUUAAUUGUGUGGCUCAACAUUGUUCAGUUGUUCAUUGUUAUUUGUCUAAACACAUGGGUAUAAUUUCUCAAAGUCACUGGUGUCUCAAAAAAAAAUGGCUGUCACAAUAAUGAAAUCUAAUAUCUCCUAAUCCUUCCUCAAGACCACAAAAUGAUUCCCUUCAUUGUCAUUUGUUACUGAGGUUUAACUUAAACCGACUCUGAUGUAGUUAAACCUUACAAAAUAUGUGAGGCUGAAGAUUUUCUCACAGCGGUGCACACAAACAAACACAGGCAACACUGACUGCUGAGUUCCUCUACGGUUGCUUAAAUACGAGAGACUAAUUCUCUUGGGAAUUGUCCUUGGGGUAAAAAAAAAAAAAAAAAACAACAUUCAACGGGAGAUUCCAGGAUGUUUGCUGCCCUUCCAACUGUGAGCGUGAUGUAAUGUUUUAGUUUCAGACAAGGGAGAAGUUUGUAGAGUCCAAAAAGUUAAACAUGCGUCCAUUCUGGCCCCCCCGCAGAGCAACGAAUGGGGAACAGCAGGGGGAUAACCAUAUGUUAUCAAAGUGUUCUUCAAAGCUGCAGUCUUUAGUCCACUAAAUUAUACAGUAUCAUCGCAUACUGUGUACCUGACAAAAAUAGAAAGAAAAUAAUAAUUAUGCAUCUCAAUAUGCAAACACUGCAAACAGAAAAAAAUCACUUUUAAAUACAAAAAAAAAAAAUGGAACAUUUAUAAUUCAUUCAUUUCUCGUGGGAACGUUUUGCUUUAACUUAAUUUCCAAUUGGGGUCAUGUCCCAAUAUGGUGGGUCAGCUCAUAAUUUUGUAUUUACAUGCUUUUUAAAAUACUGCUGCUGCUGCUGGACAAUUAAAAAUUUAUGGUUCCUAUCAGAAUCAGCCCCUUCUGUUACUAGAGGUUAAUUUGUGCUCGCCCCUCAUUUCAAUUGUACUGUUGUAAAUGUCCACAUUAUUUCCCACAUGGGCCUGGGUGAGGGGUUUGAUUAUCCAAAGGUAGCCCAUGGUUGGCUCCGUUAUUGUCAAAGGGGCCGUAAGCUGCCGUAACGGCUUCUGGGGUCUUAUUGCUAUGGCGAUCAGCCCCUCGCCACUUGGCCUUCAUGACCCCAGUCAGAGAUAAGCUUUAUAGGAAAGCACAUUAACAUGCUCUGGCAGUCACCUCCCUCCUUUAUCAAAGCUUGUUCUAUGAAAUCAAGUGUUUAUGGAGCCCCAGUGAGAGUAUAGAGCUGCUGAUUGCCCAUAUUAGAGGUUGAGUGUAAAUGAGCCAGGGGUGGACAAAGGACCUGUACAAGUGUGGAGGGUUGACGACGUGAUACUGGUGUUAUUCUUACUAAAUAAGCAAUAGAGUUAAUGACUGCAACGCCCCAUAACACGAUACUAAUCCCUGAUCUGAGAUUCUCUUGUCUAAGUACAGAUAUAUCCAUGUCUUCCAUUUUGCCAAAAACCAAAAGCAAUAUGUAUGUAUUGAACUUGGGUACAAUGUAAAUGUCAGGUUUUGUCAUAACCACAAUACUGUACACACCAAAAUCAAAGUUGUUGUUUUUUUUACACAUAUCAAUGUGUGAUUUGAUAUUUUGUGGAAAUAUGAAGCCAAAUUAGGCAGAAGAAAUAUUUGCAAGGGUGACUUUUUUCUUUUCUUUCUUUGUUGUAUUCCAUCCUG